AAAGUUAACAAAGCUGAACAACUGAGAUUACAGAAAGAAGAAGAAGAAAGGAGGCUGAAAGAGGAAGAGGAAGCUCGAUUGCAAGCUCAACAAGAAGAAGCCGCAAGACUUGAAAAGGAGAGAAUUGAACAAGAGCAGAUGGAAAACCUUAAGGCAAGAGAUCAAGAACGAAGGGAGUCUGAACUAGCAGAACUUCAUUCACUGGAACAGAAGUUUUUGUCUGCACAACAGUGGAAAACAGAUCAUAGAGCAUGUGCAAAGUGGGAGCAUUACCUCCGUUGUGAUGGAAGUCCUGACCCAACUGUACUGCAGGAAAUAAACACUUUCAUGAGCUUAUGGCGUGAAGAUCAAAAUGAGGACAUUCAACUUGUGAUGCAGAAGGGAGAACAGGUUCUAAAUUUAAUUGAGAAGUUGCAGUUUCUUUUAUUGGACACACCACCAAAUGAGAUAACAGAAAAAGAAACAGUCCAGUACCAGGAAUCUAUUCUGGAAUUGCAGAAUCUGCUUCAUCAGAAGUACAAUGGAGCUACAGAGCACCUGCUUAAAACAGCUAAUAUGUAUGAAGAUUCUGAAACUGGAAAUAUGCAGGCAGUCAUAAAGGAUAAAAAUGUUACCUUCUGUAUUUGGGCCAAUCUGAAGAAGAAAGUAAGGUUCAAAAAUCACAUGUUUUGUGAUGCACAGCACGGAUUUGAUCUUCCGAAGUCACUGGCUGUGAGCAGCGUUGCUGUUCGCAUAUUGCAUACUCAUUAUGAUCAUGUAUCGCCGCUUUGGCUGCAGUGUCAGAGUGUGCCAAAAUUGGAAGUCUCAGAUAGCAAAGAUUUAAUUCAGCAUUCAAAAGACAGUGUAGAAGAACCAGAAGAAGAGACAAAGAACGCCAGAGAAGAGCCCGCCAUGCUCGCUGCAGAAGAAAUGUGUUUUGAUGGGAGAAAGAGUGCUAGCUCAUUCAAAGACAACAGCAAUAGCGUAGCUGAUGUAAAUGAGACAGAGGAGGAAACGGAGAAGAAAUCAGAAAUCUUGGACAUGCUGUCAAAAGUUCAGGAUCCACUGAUGCAGGAAAAGACAAAUGAAAAAGAAGAGGUGAUAACCGAUGAAAACGUUGUUGAUUUGCAACAGUUUGUACCAGUGGGUGGUGUGUACCACAUCGAUGCACUGAAGCUUCCACCUCAGGUGAAGCAAAUCAAGGACUGGAGUAUGGUGGAGUUACUUGCCGUUGGAUUGGAGGCGUACCCAUAUCCCCCAGAAGAGGCUGAAGAUACCACACAUCCACCAAUACGGAUAACCCUGAGGCUUUCUGACAGUGUGAUGUAUUUUGAGGAUCCUGUGGUAGCCCGAUGGGAUCCUGCAGGCCAACACUGGAGAACUGAUGGCAUCAGCAACAUAACGUAUGAAACACAAGAAAAGAGUGUCACCUUUGAGAUGGAUGCCUUUUACACAGUAGCACUUCUCCAGGCUGCUCAUUGCAAUAUGCCCUAUCGGGCAUGGGAACUGCGACCUACUGGUGUGGAUGAAGCGCUACUUAUAGUUACUACAGUCUUUGCCACAGUUCAGAUACAAAUUAAGGAUAAUCAGUGUAGGUUGUCUUCAGUAGUGGUGGAAGAGAAGGAUGUGCUUUCGCACUUGACAGGAAAAUGGACAAGUCCGCUUGACCUAAGAGCAGUUUUGAAAAAGGCUGGUGUGAAUAUUUUCCCAGGAGAGCAUUCUCACAAGUAUGUCGCUGUGGAUAAGAAGGCUCCCCUAGCAGAAGUUAAGGCAUACCAGGAGAUGGCACUGGUUACACCUGCUUUUGCUUUUGCUUGGAGCAAGUGGAACCUAGAAGCAGGUCAAGAGCAAGUAGUAUUCAAGGUAAGUGAGCACCUUAAAACAGAUUCUGUCAAAGACGAAGACUGGUCUCUUUACAUGUUUAAUGGUGAGAAAGCACAGAAGCUCAAGAUCACUGAAACCAGUGAAGCUUUUUCAGAAGAGCUAGAAGAUGAUUCUGAAUUUCACUCCACACUCUACCAUAUGCUUAAAGACUUUGCCAGCAAAGAAGCAAUUGAUAAAGUGGGAGCAGCUAGCUUCUUGUUUAGUGAUGCUGUAUAUCAGCUACUCCUUGCCACGAGAGUUUUAACAUACUCUUAA